UUGAAGAGGAAAAUGAACAGUACGUCACCGGCAAAUUCAUCGAUAUCAACAACUGCAAUAGUAGGCGGAGGAGGUGGCGGUGGCGGUGGGGGAGGAAGUAGCAGUAACAACACUGUUAUCGACGACUUUCACUUUCCUUCUGACCUCAUCUCCAUUCAAGACCGGAAGGACGAGGCCAUGCUAGUGUUGAAAUCUGAUCUCCUGGCUGCUCUGAAUAAGGAGGUUAAAUCCAUGGAUGAAGAUAACUGGAUGUUUGAAGGGCCUCGUUCUCGUAUUAACCUAAUAUCAAAAGGAGGUGGACUUCUCAAGAAGCAGAUGGAGACUACCAAGAAUCCUAACUUGGCUCCACCAUCAAAAUGAUUUAGAGUUCUCCAAACAGGUAUCAUCUUGUCUCUGUGGUUUAUCCAGAGAUUCUACUUCAAUGAUUUAAUCUUUUCCAUACAACUGCAGAACUGUAACUUGAUUAGCCUAAACGUUGAGCUUUACAUAGGCAUGUGAACUGUAACAGCCGGUUGCUUUUAUACCAGACGGUAUCCUGUAAAUUCAUUUUGAAAGAGUAGAAUGUCAGUAAUUGUUAUGUGCUUUUUACAAAGAAGGUGAUCAUUCAGUCAAAGUCUUGCUUUCUAAUUUUACCAACUAAAAGAUAUCAUUUGAUUGUGGGUAAGUGAUAUGUUGGUUAAGU